AUGGCAAGACCAAAGAAGGUCAUCGCAAGUGAAACCCUAAAUGUAGGGAUUGGUCCAUAUAAUCGCUCUGCUCAAGAAGAGGAAACAAAAGUAUACGCUAACCAAUGCACUGCUUUUGUAUCAAACCUUAACGUUAAGGCAAAUAAUGAACAUCUUCGUCAGUUCUUCAGUGAUGUUGGAGGAGUUGUUGCUAUUCGAAUACUGAAGGACAAGUUCACUGGAAAGUCAAGGGGACUAGCAUAUGCGGACUUCUCAGAUGAUGCACACCUUGCUGCAGCCGUGGCAAAAAAUAAUCAGACACUCCUAGACAAGAAGCUGAGCAUUGCACGAUCAGAUCCAAAGAGUGGCAAGAAAGAACAUGGGCAUACUGAUCAAACUGGCGCAGUCAGGGGAUCUCAUGAGACCUCCAAUGAACCUGGAGAAUCUCGAGGAAGCGACAGUGCGAUUAAGGGGAAGAACACAUUUGCGGUUCCAAGGAAUGUUGCGCACUUGGUUGGAGCACGAAUAAGCCAAAAACUCAGGAUCCGGAUGAUGAAAAGCCAAAAUCUAAUGAUGAGUUCAGAAGCAUGUUCCUAA